AUGUUGUUACCCGUGCGGGACGUAAGGGGAGGCGCGUUGGAGAGAAGAAUGUCAAAGCAGAAUAAGACCUUCGUCGUUGUAUCUGUCAUUGCAGCGGCCAUCUUCGCGAUCCUCGUAAUCACAUACCUCCUCACCCUCAAAUUCCGCCCGCCCUUCCGAAACGAACAAAAAGCGAAGCAAUCUUCGGACGAUAAACUACCAUCUUUAUUUUCCUGGAAGAACUUGCGCAAGCGGCCUCGUCGCAAUGAGUAUUCGACAAGUUUACAGGAUACCGAGUACCAUGGGAGUACGAAUAGGGAGAGUCGUGAGAUGAGCGGGGCAGCAUCAGCAGAUCCUGAAAGGCAGAGAACUAAUAGGGACAGUACUACCGGAGUCGAUAGGAACACAUCGGUACGCAGCGUAAUGACAUUGCCGGCAUACUCGCCGGCAGCAAGAGAGAAUGAGAGGAUACUAGGACGCGAGGGCGAAAGAGCGGGCAUGGACAAUGUCAUCGAGCUGCCAGAGACAGUAGAUGAGGAGGAAAGGCAACGAGAAGAGGAGAUGGAGUCGCUAUAUCAAAUACGACUGGCGCGACGAGUUGAGGCAGCAGACCGCGAGGCAAGACGGCAAGCCCGACGCGAAGCCCGGACAAGAGGCGACGUACAUGCCCUCGCAGACAUCCGACGCAGAGCAGAAGAGGCUGCCGAUCUCUCCGUUUCACAAUUGCUCAUCGCAGAGCACCAGACAAAUGCCCGCACUCGCGAUCGACGCGUCUCCUCUGUAGCCUACGGUGACCUAGGCGUAGCCAGACACGACGGCACACGUCUCCGCGCCAAUUCUUCAGAGAGUGACAACAGACCUCUUCUUGACUCGGCUGCCUCCAUCUCCGGACAGAGUGGUCGCUCGCGCGCAUACACGAACAACACCGUGGAUAUCGACACCGAAUCGCACCGACGUGGCCUCUCCGUGACCUCAAUUGCACACUCCCUCGACUCCCGCACCUCCGACGACUUCAGUUUCCCCGAAGCCUCGCGCUCAAACUCGCGGUCCAACAAUGGUAUUAGCGACGACUUUGAGGUUGUCUCGCUCAACCCUGAGAGAAGUCAUAGUGGCAGUAGAGCCCCCACGCCUAAUACCGACCUCCCGCGGGAACAAGCGCCUGCGUAUGAGGAUCCACCAAACUACGAAAGCCCUGUGACAACGAGAGCACCGCAGCUGCCGCAUCUCGAGCGGUUACCGAGUAUUCAUAUUACGACGGAGCCGACGCCUGUCAAUAGAUGGUCAAAUUCUACGCCGAGGUAA